AUGACAAGUCAAAGAAUACAUGAAUUGAUAUUACGUCAACCUCAUAUUCAUUAUUCAUCAAUUGUUGUCGAUGAAUCUAAUAUUUUCAUGGGAGGAGUUCAUCCUAGUACAGAAGAUUUGCCAUAUAAUUAUGUUUUUGCUGCGAAUCGCGAUGAACAAUCCAAUGAUCGAAUUACACAUCCAUCGGAUACUUUUAGUAAUAUGUCGAUCAAUCCUCCAAAUUGUGCAGCUAUUCAUUUGGAUUUCGAUUUGGGCUGGCAUAAUAUACCCGUAGGCAUUCAGGACACUCAACCGCACUCAAUGGUAAUGCCUAUUCGUAUUAAUACUUUUCACGAAGAUAUUAUUAUCAAUGAUGAGAAUGGUGCAGUUAAUGAAGAUGCAACAAAUUUAAAUGAGAUUGUUACUACUGAAGAUGUGAAUUUAACAAUAAAUCAUGAAUAUAAUAACCAAACGAUUGUGAGAGAAAGUACAGGAAUAGCAGCAACAGAUGAAUUAAUGGAUGAUGUCAAUUCAACUACUUCUGCUGAUGCUGCAGAUAAUAAUUAUUCAAAUAUUAAUAAUGAUGACGAGCAAAUGAUGGAAUAUGAUAAUACUGUUCAAACUGAACAAGAAGAGAAUUCCUACAGUGAUACUGAUGAGGAAGGUCAAGUAUUACCACGUUCAGAAAAUACUAAUCAUCAUACACUUCAAGAUGAUAUACAAUCAAAUAUACCAACAGCUAUUAUUCUUGCAUCAUCCGGCGCCACAACAACAUUAAUGAAUGGUAUUGAUAAUUUCUUUCUUUUUCUUUUUAGUGAUAAAAUAUUUGCAUUUUGUUUUCUGUUUCAUAAAGAUUCAUCUGAACAAGCAGAAGAUGUCGAACCUAUCCUAGGUGGACCCGUCGAUAAUAAUCAUCAUACAUUCGAGAAUCCUGAUCGUCUAUUGUCUAUUGAUGCUGAUGUAUCCCAAUUAAAUGCACGUACUCAUAAACAUAGUAAUCAAUUGGAUUCAACUACAAAUCCCGGUGAAGAACAACGUGCUUUAUAA